AUGACCUCACCACCAAAGAUUGUGCUUGUCGCUGAUCCAAAGGCUCAGGCAGAGUCUCUCAAGCCUUCAGACCGACCUCCGCCACAUUCUUCUCGGAACGGACAUGGUUCUUACCCGGAGCAAGGACAAAAUGAGGCGGAAGCAAUUGUACACGUCGAGAAGAUUGCGGCCCUUAGCAAGAGAGUAAGACUAGCAGAAGCCGCCGCGGCCGCCGCGAAGAAAUCUCAAGAGCAAAACGAAUUACUUAUUGCGGAUCUCAAAGCACAGCUCGAUGCAUCGACCUCGGCGUGUAAGGACUUAUUGGAAACUGUCAGGGACCAAGAGGAUACAAUAGAAAGUCUGUCAUGA